AUGGGCUCCAGCGACAACCUACAGCCGCAGGCUAUUGGCUUAAUAUUCGCCUUCCCCUCCCUUGCGACCGUCGCUGUGGCUCUGCGAAUUUACAGUCGCACAUUGACAAGGUCUUUUGGCGCAGACGACUGGGUUAUUUACAUCGCAUUAAUCUUAUACUGGGCGGAGACAUUUACUUCGUAUAAAGUGAUCAUUUAUACAUACAUCGGAUACAAUGUCGCCGAUAUCCCUAAAGAUUAUCCUGCGGUUCUCGGUAACAAAUAUGGCUAUGCGACCGAGCUCAUAUACAACCCUAUUCUGGCUCUAGUCAAGACCUCCAUCCUCAUCUUUCUGUUACGUCUGACCGGCCAGAAAAAGUUGGUACGCCAGGCCAUUUGGGGACUUUUAAUCUUCAAUGGCAUCGCCGCUCUCGUUACAUUCCUCAUCACUGUUUUCCACUGUGUGCCCAUCGCCUAUAACUGGGAUUCAACCGCAUAUCCCAACGCGAGAUGUUUGAACUUUGCCGACUUUGUUACCGGCACAGCUUCUGUCUCCAUCUUCACCGAUGUUCUAUCCUUGAUGCUACCUUCCUGGAUUGUUUAUGAGCUCCAAAUGCAAUGGAACCAGAAGCUUAUGCUGAUCGGCAUUCUCUCGUUUGGUCUCUUAACUGUUACCGCAGGCAUUGUUCGCGUCAUUCUCCUUGACAACUACGACCGUCAUAUCCCGAAGGAUUACACCCAUACUGUCCUAUUUUGUGUGUCUACCAUUGAAGUCGGCCUGUCUUUCGUCGCUGCCUGUGCUCCCUCGUUCAAGCCCCUGGUGGCGCGGCUUCUCCCAAAGCUCUUGGGCGGCUCGUCCCGAAGCGGUCGGUACCACAACGACUCCACUGCCCGCAGUCGGGCGCGGAAUUACAACCUCGAGAACAUGUCCAACUUCACCCGACGGACGAAUGAUCAGAUCCUUACCAUUGUCGAGGCCGGGGAGAACGAGCCGGGCUACGGGCCUGCUGAGCCAAGUCCCAAGAAUAUGAUCACCAUGACCACGCAGAUGGAGGUAACUUGGGACCACCAACCCAAUCGCCAGCAACAGCACACCAGCAGUACAGAGAGUCUCGUUCAUGCGAAGUAG